AUGAUUCAAAUUUGGACAUGCCUAAACUCCCAGCAUUCGCUUUGGAAAGUUCGCUCAAAGUUUACUGAGUAUCCUGAUUUGCCUCUAUAUAUUUCAUCAUUUUACGGAAAUUUCUUUGACUCGCCAAAGAAUUACAAUUUAUCUCAGUUCAAAGAUAUCGACUUGAAAGAUUUUUUUAUUCAAACACGACCAGAAGUUGUUGUGCUAAGAUGUCAAUUCAACAUGAAGCCAUGCCCAGUACCGAAAAUCAUUCUAACUCGAUAUGGCUGGUGCGAGCAUUAUGAGUUCUUGGAUGAUCAAGUAACCAUUGCUGGUCCUCAGUCGAGUUUCGUUUAUUACGCUGCUUACAAUAGGUCGGAUGUAACGACUGGAAUGCUUCAGUUUGUCGACGGGAUGACUCUUUUCUACUCGAACGGUGUGAACGAUGAUCUUAUGCAUCAAACACGGUCUACAUUCGCUUUAUCGAACAGACUCACGACGGUUGCUCUAGCACCAAGCAUGAACCUUUAUCUUCCGGAGAAAUGUUCUAAAAAAGAAUUGGAUUUCUAUCGAACAUAUACUCGUCAACAGUGUCAAGAAGAGUGCCGAGAGAAGAGCAUUAUGCAACUCUGCAAAUGUUACCCGCCCUAUCUUCCAGAGAUGGAUGGACUCAAGCCCUGCUCAUUUGAAGAUCACGCGUCAUGUAUUGCUCCUAAUUUUUCCUUCUUCAAUUUCACUCGAUGCCACACGUGUCCCAGAGAGUGCGAAGAAAACGAUUAUGAUAGAAAUGUAGAAUACGGAAAAUAUCAUGAGCCGAUUCACAGUCAGUUUUUCUCUGAACUUGGCGGUUCGACCGGACUCGUUCUAGGCAUAAGCUUAUUGUCCAUUGUCCAAUUUCUUGACAGUUUGAUAACAUAUGCAAAAUACAUCGUUCCGUAUCUUUACAGAAAAUACAAAAAGCGUCGGAUUAUUUCUGAAGAAGAAAAAUGCUGCCAAACAUACAGCAUCGAAACAGUGCAUACUUUGAUUGCUUAUGAGAACAAAACAAUUUCAACGAUUUGA